AUGUAUAGAGACGAUCAUCAACCCCUGGCAUGUGUCUACUCCUCGGAGGCCAAUGCAUGGGGCAAUCUCAUCACAGCGGCUGCCCCAUAUCGUCUUAUUAAUGCUCAUAGACCUGCGUCACUUGUCGGUAAUGCAUUCUACUGGUUGACUACAAGGAAUGACAUGCUUGAGUUUGAUUUGGGAGAGCAAUGUCUAGCUGUGCUCAGUGGGCCACCGGUUGAAAAUAAUUUCCUCCAUAAUCAGAUCAUCCAAGUUGAGGAUGGCGUUGUUGGCUUUAUUGUAUUAUCUUAUCCACACUUCCAAAUGUGGCGGAGGAAUAUCAGUUGUCAUGGUGUUGCCACAUGGAUGCAGUGGAAGACCAUUGAAAUGCAUAACAUUCUUGGGCUCCCUCGUCAGAUUGUCAGAGGCGCGGAAACUAUACUUAUACUCGGAUAUUCAGAGGAUGCUGAUGUGUUUCUUAUAUAUGUGGACUUCAAUUUCUAUAUGGUUCAACUUAGGUCAAUGCAAUCCAAGAUACUUCAUGAAGCAUAUUAUAUCACUGACUACCAUCCUUUCACGGGGUUUUAUUCACCAGGUAAUUCCUCGUACUCAGUAUUUAUAUUCUAG